CUAAACUAAGCAUCAGUGGGUCCCAUCUCCAUUUUGAAAUUGCCUUACAUCACUCAGCAACUAAACUGUAUCAGACUGUAGCACAGCUUUAAACCACUAUACUUCAAAACAGCUCCAACGGCUCACAACAACCAAACAAAAGUUGGAGAGUUGGAUCAUCCACUGUCACUAAAAGCUUUCCAUAAAUCCCAUACAUUCCGAAUCCCAAGAUCUGUCCCAAAGCCUUCUUCUCUCAAGCACUCAAACCAAUAUUCUACAACAUUAGAUCGUUGAAAAUGGCUGGCAAAGUCUUCGAGAACAGCCUUGCUGUGCUACUGAUGAUAUCAAUGUGUUUUGUCCCUUCAUCAGCUCAGGUGGGGUGUAUGCCAGCGUUCACCAGCCUCUCCCCUUGCCUUGGCUACAUAACUAGCAACUCAGUAACCCCUUCGGACUCGUGCUGCACUCAGGUGGCAGCUGUGGUCAAGACUCAAGCCCAGUGCCUGUGCUCAUUCCUUGGCAGUUCAACUGCCACCCAGCUUGGUACGAUUGUAAACCAGGCACAGGCUCUCUCGCUACCUGGAGCUUGUAAGAUUGAUAACCCCCUUGCAAACCAGUGCAAUGCUGCCUCAAGCACACAAACACCAGCAGCACAGUCGCCUCUGGGAGCACUGGCUCCAGCUUCACAGGAGACUCCUAGCGACCAAACUCCAACCAACGCAUCCAGUCCCUCCUCUUUGACGACCAUUCCUGCAGGUAGUGGGAGGCCGGUGAGUCCUCAGCUGCUGAAGCUUCUGCCAAUUUCAUGCCUUUUGUUUUCUUCCUUCCCUUGUUGGCUUCAUCUGUCUCACUGUUGCCUGCCUUCUGAGUUCUCUCUUACUCGAGUUGCAAGCACUUGUCAUUCUAUAUGGUUACUUGAUUUGUCCACUUUGUUCUGUUCUUAUUUGUUUGAAAUUUGUAUUGGGAUUGAAAUUGUUUUGUUGUAGCAGUUGUGCUGACAAUGGAUUGGAUUGUAUUUUG